AAAACCACGAACAUGUUGAUUUCCAAACACGGCUGCGAAAUUUUUAUUACCAAUUUUAGUUGAAAUUCAGUGAUAAUGGACAAAUGUAAGGCUCUUACGAGUGACGUAACAUCAGAAGUUUUGCAGAAUGAGGCGUCAAAAAGUUCCAUUCUUUACGAGAUUUUGUACUCCAAGAGGCUGCUAAUUGAGCAUGUUGAGGUCCUGGAAGAGUGUCUCUAUGAGAUUGAGAACAAAGAAGGUUAUCAUGAGAGGAAUUACUUGAAUGGCGUAACUGCUGGCGCUGGAUUGUUGCUUUCGGGAGUGAUGGCAGUCAUGGGACGUCCUGGAUUUUACAUUUUACCGGUUGUGUCGACUUCGUAUGCAGCAAUGUACUUGGGAAAAGCGUUCCGAAGCUUCAGGAUCAAUAGAAAUAAGGAAUAUUUGAGGGUUUUGUUGAGGAGUAUCGAAGGAUUUGAAAAUAUUAUCAAGAAACACAUCAUUUUUUUCAACGAAUUGCAACAAUUUAAGACCAAUUCACAUGUGCCAUCAGAUGGAGAUUUCGUCUCGACCUGCAUUCAGUGCCUAAAAGACGUAAUUUUAGUGGUUUAUGACGGAAUCAAGGAGUUGGAGACCGAAUAUACGAUAUCACACAAAUAUCAGCUGGUCUACGAGCCCAUCGAGGAGCUCUGCCAAACGGAAUAUUUCACAAAAGAUCCCGAAGAAUUCACAUCGAAAAACAUCAAAGAGUUCCUGAACUUGUUCCUUCUCGUACAAUCGCAAUAUUUAAUGCGACUCGGUCUGAUUGUUGCAACAGGUGAUUGCGAUGCGGAUUUCAUCAAGUACAACACACGAAAUUUAUCGCCUUUAAUUGAUGAGCAAACAAACAAUUGCUUGUACAACUUUGACCUUAUCAUGUUUGUCGCGAGUCCGGAACAGGAAAAUCAUUCCUUCAAACAUCUCGACAAAAAUCGGGAGCUUCCCAUGGAUCUGCUGCGAGCUAAAUCUUAUUCGAUGACUUUUGUACCGAAAUUACUGGCUGUCACACACGAAUGUGUUCGUCUCGAUGCCUUGCUGAACACGCUAAUCAACAAAUACGACAACAAGGACCCCGAACAAGACGAUUUGCACGAACUUGUGCCCGUGAUGAACCAAAUAGACUCCGAACUGGUAAUGUGUCAGGAUGAAUUUCAGCGAUUUUUUAUCACGUUUCAGAAGUUUUUGAAUCUCAUACCGGAAGAAAAGCUCGUGGAGAAGAAAAUUCUCGAGGAUUCGGAUGAAAAGUCCGUUGAACGGGUCGAACACGAUUAUCGUAAAGUAGGGGAAACUGCUUUUGGGUAUCAUGAUGACUUUUUCGCGCUCGACGGGUUCGAAGAUGAAGACGACGAAGGAGCCACUAAAGAUAAAAAUUCAAAUUUGAAUCAAGAUGACGACCAAAUCAACAGGAAAAUUGUUAAGAAAACUUUUAAACCAGUACUAAAGCAGCUAAAAACGCGAAUUGAACCGUUGGCGAACGACAUGAAGGAACGCGAAAAGAAAGUUUUGACGGCAAAAGGGAUCGAAGUCGAAGAUUUGAAUAAAACGCGCGAUAGUGAGAGAGAUUCCUGCAGCUCUUUAUCCGAAAUGUCGGAGGACGAGGAGUUAAUGGCGAAAAAACGCACGAAAAAAUCAUCACAAAAAUACAAUGAAAUGCGUGAAUUUUUGGAACAGAAACAGCAAUUUAAUGUUUUUGGCUUUAAACCACCGGCGCCGGUACAAUCAAUGGUACAAGAGGAUGUUAUUGAAUAAAAUUCGGAAGUAUUUUAGUAAAUAUUAUCGUUUUUAAUUAUUUAUUUAAUAUUUUAUCAAAGAAAAUGCUAUAAAUUUGUUGAUUACAAACAUUUUUGUAUAUUUUUAUGCAUUAAAAUUA